CUCUCUCGCAGCUUGCGACCUUUUUGAUCCUUUUUGCCAUCCCUCGACUGUUGAACAUUUCCUCAACUGCACCUUUGCGCGUUACACGGCAAUUGUCUUUCUUUCUGAAUUAUUCCAAUCCUUUGUAUUGCACGUAAAACCCUUGUCUUUAUACAACAAGUAUUCGCCAUGGGGAAGUCAUCAGAAGGCAUCAAGGCUUAUUACAAGAAUAAGAUCGAGGAGCUAGAGACCCGAGCCUCUGCCAUGACGCAAAACCUUCGGCGUCUUGAGGCACAACGUAAUCAACUGAAUGCGAAAGUCCGUCUACUACGUGAGGAGCUCCAGCUUCUACAGGAACCAGGCUCCUAUGUUGGUGAAGUCGUGAAAUUGAUGGGAAAGAAAAAGGUUCUCGUCAAGGUCCACCCGGAAGGAAAAUACGUUGUGGACAUCCAUCCCUCGAUUGAUAUUGCUCAAUUAACUCCCACCGUUCGCGUUGCCCUUCGCCAUGACAGUUAUCAGCUUCACAAAAUUUUGCCAAACAAGGUGGAUCCACUGGUUAGCUUGAUGAUGGUCGAGAAGGUGCCGGAUUCGACGUAUGAGAUGAUUGGUGGUUUGACGAAUCAGAUUAAGGAGAUUAAGGAGGUCAUUGAGCUGCCCGUCAAGCAUCCCGAAUUGUUUGACUCGUUGGGUAUCGCUCAGCCAAAAGGUGUCCUGCUGUACGGUCCCCCAGGAACGGGAAAAACGCUAUUGGCAAGGGCUGUAGCACAUCACACAGAUUGUCGAUUCAUUCGUGUAAGUGGAUCGGAGCUGGUGCAAAAGUACAUUGGGGAGGGCAGUCGAAUGGUGCGAGAGCUCUUUGUCAUGGCGCGUGAGCACGCCCCAUCGAUCAUCUUUAUGGACGAAAUUGACUCUAUUGGAUCAAGUCGUAUUGAGUCUGGAUCAGGUGGUGGAGACUCUGAAGUCCAACGUACAAUGUUGGAGCUUCUGAACCAGCUGGACGGUUUCGAAGCGACUCAAAACAUCAAAGUUAUCAUGGCCACCAACCGUAUCGAUAUCUUGGACCCAGCCCUUCUUCGACCCGGUCGAAUCGACAGAAAAAUCGAGUUCCCUCCACCAAACGAAGAGGCGCGAACGGACAUUUUGAAGAUUCAUAGUCGGAAGAUGAACAUGACGCGGGGAAUUGAUUUGAGGAAGAUUGCGGAGAAGACAUCUGGUGCAAGUGGGGCUGAGGUGAAGGGUAUCUGUACAGAGGCGGGUAUGUACGCUCUUAGGGAACGGCGUGUGCAUGUUACACAGGAAGACUUUGAGAUGGCUGUUGCAAAGGUACUAAAGAAGGACUCGGAGCAAAACAUGAGUAUCAAGAAAUUGUUCAAGUAGGAGGGCGCUGGGGACCGUACCAUGUUGUUGAUUGUGUACGUGUAUUUGACGUGAUAUUGGAAUGCCAAAUCGUCGUGAUUUCAGAGCUUUUAGACGUUUACAUACGUACAUACCUACUCAGGAGUACUUGACCAUUGGAAACGAUGAUUAACAAGCAUCAGCUUUUAUCGAGAUUGAUGCUCUUUUCUGGUGAUUUUUCAAAAGUCAGAAUAUAUCUCUGCACUGGACUGUGACAACAUUCACAUGAACCCCAGAUGUUGAAGAGUUCCAAAACGAGAAUUAUUGAGUAGGCUCUUGUCC